AUGGAUUAUCUGCUCUGCUCUGUACAGCUGACAAGCGCCAGAGCCAACAACAUGGAUUGUCUGCUCUGCUCUGUGCAGCAGACAAGCGCCAGAGCCAACAACAUGGAUUGUCUGCUCUGCUCUGUGCAGCAGACAAGCGCCAGAGCCAACAACAUGGAUUGUCUGCUCUGCUCUGUGCAGCAGACAAGCGCCAGAGCCAACAACAUGGAUUGUCUGCUCUGCUCUGUGCAGCAGACAAGCGCCAGAGCCAACAACAUGGAUUGUCUGCUCUGCUCUGUGCAGCAGACAAGCGCCAGAGCCAACAACAUGGAUUGUCUGCUCUGCUCUGUGCAGCAGACAAGCGCCAGAGCCAACAACAUGGAUUGUCUGCUCUGCUCUGUGCAGCAGACAAGCGCCAGAGCCAACAACAUGGAUUGUCUGCUCUGCUCUGUGCAGCAGACAAGCGCCAGAGCCAACAACAUGGAUUGUCUGCUCUGCUCUGUGCAGCAGACAAGCGCCAGAGCCAACAACAUGGAUUGUCUGCUCUGCUCUGUGCAGCAGACAAGCGCCAGAGCCAACAACAUGGAUUGUCUGCUCUGCUCUGUGCAGCAGACAAGCGCCAGAGCCAACAACAUGGAUUGUCUGCUCUGCUCUGUGCAGCAGACAAGCGCCAGAGCCAACAACAUGGAUUGUCUGCUCUGCUCUGUAGCAGCAGACAAGCGCCAGAGCCAACAACAUGGAUUGUCUGCUCUGCUCUGUGCAGCAGACAAGCGCCAGAGCCAACAACAUGGAUUGUCUGCUCUGCUCUGUGCAGCAGACAAGCGCCAGAGCCAACAACAUGGAUUGUCUGCUCUGCUCUGUGCAGCAGACAAGCGCCAGAGCCAACAACAUGGAUUGUCUGCUCUGCUCUGUGCAGCAGACAAGCGCCAGAGCCAACAACAUGGAUUGUCUGCUCUGCUCUGUGCAGCAGACAAGCGCCAGAGCCAACAACAUGGAUUGUCUGCUCUGCUCUGUGCAGCAGACAAGCGCCAGAGCCAACAACAUGGAUUGUCUGCUCUGCUCUGUGCAGCAGACAAGCGCCAGAGCCAACAACAUGGAUUGUCUGCUCUGCUCUGUGCAGCAGACAAGCGCCAGAGCCAACAACAUGGAUUGUCUGCUCUGCUCUGUGCAGCAGACAAGCGCCAGAGCCAACAACAUGGAUUGUCUGCUCUGCUCUGUGCAGCAGACAAGCGCCAGAGCCAACAACAUGGAUUGUCUGCUCUGCUCUGUGCAGCAGACAAGCGCCAGAGCCAACAACAUGGAUUGUCUGCUCUGCUCUGUGCAGCAGACAAGCGCCAGAGCCAACAACAUGGAUUGUCUGCUCUGCUCUGUGCAGCAGACAAGCGCCAGAGCCAACAACAUGGAUUGUCUGCUCUGCUCUGUGCAGCAGACAAGCGCCAGAGCCAACAACAUGGAUUGUCUGCUCUGCUCUGUGCAGCAGACAAGCGCCAGAGCCAACGACAUGGAUUGUCUGCUCUGCUCUGUGCAGCAGACAAGCGCCAGAGCCAACAACAUGGAUUAGCCAACAACAUGGAUUGUCUGCUCUGCUCUGUGACAGCAGACAAGCGCCAGAGCCAACAACAUGGAUUGUCUGCUCUGCUCUGUACAGCAGACAAGCGCCAGAGCCAACAACAUGGAUUGUCUGCUCUGCUCUGUACAGCAGACAAGCGCCAGAGCCAACAACAUGGAUUGUCUGCUCUGCUCUGUGCAGCAGACAAGCGCCAGAGCCAACAACAUGGAUUGUCUGCUCUGCUCUGUGCAGCAGACAAGCGCCAGAGCCAACAACAUGGAUUGUCUGCUCUGCUCUGUGCAGCAGACAAGCGCCAGAGCCAACAACAUGGAUUGUCUGCUCUGCUCUGUACAGCAGACAAGCGCCAGAGCCAACAACAUGGAUUGUCUGCUCUGCUCUGUACAGCAGACAAGCGCCAGAGCCAACAACAUGGAUUGUCUGCUCUGCUCUGUGCAGCAGACAAGCGCCAGAGCCAACAACAUGGAUUGUCUGCUCUGCUCUGUGCAGCAGACAAGCGCCAGAGCCAACAACAUGGAUUGUCUGCUCUGCUCUGUGCAGCAGACAAGCGCCAGAGCCAACAACAUGGAUUGUCUGCUCUGCUCUGUGCAGCAGACAAGCGCCAGAGCCAACAACAUGGAUUGUCUGCUCUGCUCUGUACAGCAGACAAGCGCCAGAGCCAACAACAUGGAUUGUCUGCUCUGCUCUGUGCAGCAGACAAGCGCCAGAGCCAACAACAUGGAUUGUCUGCUCUGCUCUGUGCAGCAGACAAGCGCCAGAGCCAACAACAUGGAUUGUCUGCUCUGCUCUGUGCAGCAGACAAGCGCCAGAGCCAACAACAUGGAUUGUCUGCUCUGCUCUGUGCAGCAGACAAGCGCCAGAGCCAACAACAUGGAUUGUCUGCUCUGCUCUGUGCAGCAGACAAGCGCCAGAGCCAACAACAUGGAUUGUCUGCUCUGCUCUGUACAGCAGACAAGCGCCAGAGCCAACAACAUGGAUUGUCUGCUCUGCUCUGUGCAGCAGACAAGCGCCAGAGCCAACAACAUGGAUUGUCUGCUCUGCUCUGUGCAGCAGACAAGCGCCAGAGCCAACAACAUGGAUUGUCUGCUCUGCUCUGUGCAGCAGACAAGCGCCAGAGCCAACAACAUGGAUUGUCUGCUCUGCUCUGUGCAGCAGACAAGCGCCAGAGCCAACAACAUGGAUUGUCUGCUCUGCUCUGUGCAGCAGACAAGCGCCAGAGCCAACAACAUGGAUUGUCUGCUCUGCUCUGUGCAGCAGACAAGCGCCAGAGCCAACAACAUGGAUUGUCUGCUCUGCUCUGUGCAGCAGACAAGCGCCAGAGCCAACAACAUGGAUUAGCCAACAACAUGGAUUGUCUGCUCUGCUCUGUAGCAGCAGACAAGCGCCAGAGCCAACAACAUGGAUUGUCUGCUCUGCUCUGUACAGCAGACAAGCGCCAGAGCCAACAACAUGGAUUGUCUGCUCUGCUCUGUGCAGCAGACAAGCGCCAGAGCCAACAACAUGGAUUGUCUGCUCUGCUCUGUGCAGCAGACAAGCGCCAGAGCCAACAACAUGGAUUGUCUGCUCUGCUCUGUGCAGCAGACAAGCGCCAGAGCCAACAACAUGGAUUGUCUGCUCUGCUCUGUGCAGCAGACAAGCGCCAGAGCCAACAACAUGGAUUGUCUGCUCUGCUCUGUGCAGCAGACAAGCGCCAGAGCCAACAACAUGGAUUGUCUGCUCUGCUCUGUGCAGCAGACAAGCGCCAGAGCCAACAACAUGGAUUGUCUGCUCUGCUCUGUGCAGCAGACAAGCGCCAGAGCCAACAACAUGGAUUGUCUGCUCUGCUCUGUGCAGCAGACAAGCGCCAGAGCCAACAACAUGGAUUGUCUGCUCUGCUCUGUGCAGCAGACAAGCGCCAGAGCCAACAACAUGGAUUGUCUGCUCUGCUCUGUGCAGCAGACAAGCGCCAGAGCCAACAACAUGGAUUGUCUGCUCUGCUCUGUGCAGCAGACAAGCGCCAGAGCCAACAACAUGGAUUGUCUGCUCUGCUCUGUGCAGCAGACAAGCGCCAGAGCCAACAACAUGGAUUGUCUGCUCUGCUCUGUGCAGCAGACAAGCGCCAGAGCCAACAACAUGGAUUGUCUGCUCUGCUCUGUGCAGCAGACAAGCGCCAGAGCCAACAACAUGGAUUGUCUGCUCUGCUCUGUGCAGCAGACAAGCGCCAGAGCCAACAACAUGGAUUGUCUGCUCUGCUCUGUGCAGCAGACAAGCGCCAGAGCCAACAACAUGGAUUGUCUGCUCUGCUCUGUGCAGCAGACAAGCGCCAGAGCCAACAACAUGGAUUGUCUGCUCUGCUCUGUGCAGCAGACAAGCGCCAGAGCCAACAACAUGGAUUGUCUGCUCUGCUCUGUGCAGCAGACAAGCGCCAGAGCCAACAACAUGGAUUGUCUGCUCUGCUCUGCUCUGUACAGCAGACAAGCGCCAGAGCCAACAACAUGGAUUGUCUGCUCUGCUCUGUGCAGCAGACAAGCGCCAGAGCCAACAACAUGGAUUGUCUGCUCUGCUCUGUAGCAGCAGACAAGCGCCAGAGCCAACAACAUGGAUUGUCUGCUCUGCUCUGUGCAGCAGACAAGCGCCAGAGCCAACAACAUGGAUUGUCUGCUCUGCUCUGUGCAGCAGACAAGCGCCAGAGCCAACAACAUGGAUUAGCCAACAACAUGGAUUGUCUGCUCUGCUCUGUGCAGCAGACAAGCGCCAGAGCCAACAACAUGGAUUGUCUGCUCUGCUCUGUGCAGCAGACAAGCGCCAGAGCCAACAACAUGGAUUGUCUGCUCUGCUCUGUGCAGCAGACAAGCGCCAGAGCCAACAACAUGGAUUGUCUGCUCUGCUCUGUGCAGCAGACAAGCGCCAGAGCCAACAACAUGGAUUGUCUGCUCUGCUCUGUGCAGCAGACAAGCGCCAGAGCCAACAACAUGGAUUGUCUGCUCUGCUCUGUGCAGCAGACAAGCGCCAGAGCCAACAACAUGGAUUGUCUGCUCUGCUCUGUGCAGCAGACAAGCGCCAGAGCCAACAACAUGGAUUGUCUGCUCUGCUCUGUGCAGCAGACAAGCGCCAGAGCCAACAACAUGGAUUGUCUGCUCUGCUCUGUGCAGCAGACAAGCGCCAGAGCCAACAACAUGGAUUGUCUGCUCUGCUCUGUGCAGCAGACAAGCGCCAGAGCCAACAACAUGGAUUGUCUGCUCUGCUCUGUGCAGCAGACAAGCGCCAGAGCCAACAACAUGGAUUGUCUGCUCUGCUCUGUGCAGCAGACAAGCGCCAGAGCCAACAACAUGGAUUGUCUGCUCUGCUCUGUGCAGCAGACAAGCGCCAGAGCCAACAACAUGGAUUGUCUGCUCUGCUCUGUGCAGCAGACAAGCGCCAGAGCCAACAACAUGGAUUGUCUGCUCUGCUCUGUGCAGCAGACAAGCGCCAGAGCCAACAACAUGGAUUGUCUGCUCUGCUCUGUACAGCAGACAAGCGCCAGAGCCAACAACAUGGAUUGUCUGCUCUGCUCUGUGCAGCAGACAAGCGCCAGAGCCAACAACAUGGAUUGUCUGCUCUGCUCUGUGCAGCAGACAAGCGCCAGAGCCAACAACAUGGAUUGUCUGCUCUGCUCUGUGACAGCAGACAAGCGCCAGAGCCAACAACAUGGAUUGUCUGCUCUGCUCUGUGCAGCAGACAAGCGCCAGAGCCAACAACAUGGAUUGUCUGCUCUGCUCUGUGCAGCAGACAAGCGCCAGAGCCAACAACAUGGAUUGUCUGCUCUGCUCUGUACAGCAGACAAGCGCCAGAGCCAACAACAUGGAUUGUCUGCUCUGCUCUGUGCAGCAGACAAGCGCCAGAGCCAACAACAUGGAUUGUCUGCUCUGCUCUGUGCAGCAGACAAGCGCCAGAGCCAACAACAUGGAUUGUCUGCUCUGCUCUGUGCAGCAGACAAGCGCCAGAGCCAACAACAUGGAUUGUCUGCUCUGCUCUGUGCAGCAGACAAGCGCCAGAGCCAACAACAUGGAUUGUCUGCUCUGCUCUGUGCAGCAGACAAGCGCCAGAGCCAACAACAUGGAUUGUCUGCUCUGCUCUGUGCAGCAGACAAGCGCCAGAGCCAACAACAUGGAUUGUCUGCUCUGCUCUGUGCAGCAGACAAGCGCCAGAGCCAACAACAUGGAUUGUCUGCUCUGCUCUGUGCAGCAGACAAGCGCCAGAGCCAACAACAUGGAUUGUCUGCUCUGCUCUGUGCAGCAGACAAGCGCCAGAGCCAACAACAUGGAUUGUCUGCUCUGCUCUGUGCAGCAGACAAGCGCCAGAGCCAACAACAUGGAUUGUCUGCUCUGCUCUGUGCAGCAGACAAGCGCCAGAGCCAACAACAUGGAUUGUCUGCUCUGCUCUGUGCAGCAGACAAGCGCCAGAGCCAACAACAUGGAUUGUCUGCUCUGCUCUGUGCAGCAGACAAGCGCCAGAGCCAACAACAUGGAUUGUCUGCUCUGCUCUGUGCAGCAGACAAGCGCCAGAGCCAACAACAUGGAUUGUCUGCUCUGCUCUGUGCAGCAGACAAGCGCCAGAGCCAACAACAUGGAUUGUCUGCUCUGCUCUGUGCAGCAGACAAGCGCCAGAGCCAACAACAUGGAUUGUCUGCUCUGCUCUGUGCAGCAGACAAGCGCCAGAGCCAACAACAUGGAUUGUCUGCUCUGCUCUGUGCAGCAGACAAGCGCCAGAGCCAACAACAUGGAUUGUCUGCUCUGCUCUGUGCAGCAGACAAGCGCCAGAGCCAACAACAUGGAUUGUCUGCUCUGCUCUGUGCAGCAGACAAGCGCCAGAGCCAACAACAUGGAUUGUCUGCUCUGCUCUGUGCAGCAGACAAGCGCCAGAGCCAACAACAUGGAUUGUCUGCUCUGCUCUGUGCAGCAGACAAGCGCCAGAGCCAACAACAUGGAUUGUCUGCUCUGCUCUGUGCAGCAGACAAGCGCCAGAGCCAACAACAUGGAUUGUCUGCUCUGCUCUGUGCAGCAGACAAGCGCCAGAGCCAACAACAUGGAUUAGCCAACAACAUGGAUUGUCUGCUCUGCUCUGUAGCAGCAGACAAGCGCCAGAGCCAACAACAUGGAUUGUCUGCUCUGCUCUGUGCAGCAGACAAGCGCCAGAGCCAACAACAUGGAUUGUCUGCUCUGCUCUGUGCAGCAGACAAGCGCCAGAGCCAACAACAUGGAUUGUCUGCUCUGCUCUGUGCAGCAGACAAGCGCCAGAGCCAACAACAUGGAUUGUCUGCUCUGCUCUGUGCAGCAGACAAGCGCCAGAGCCAACAACAUGGAUUGUCUGCUCUGCUCUGUGCAGCAGACAAGCGCCAGAGCCAACAACAUGGAUUGUCUGCUCUGCUCUGUACAGCAGACAAGCGCCAGAGCCAACAACAUGGAUUGUCUGCUCUGCUCUGUGCAGCAGACAAGCGCCAGAGCCAACAACAUGGAUUGUCUGCUCUGCUCUGUACAGCAGACAAGCGCCAGAGCCAACAACAUGGAUUGUCUGCUCUGCUCUGUGCAGCAGACAAGCGCCAGAGCCAACAACAUGGAUUGUCUGCUCUGCUCUGUGCAGCAGACAAGCGCCAGAGCCAACAACAUGGAUUGUCUGCUCUGCUCUGUGCAGCAGACAAGCGCCAGAGCCAACAACAUGGAUUGUCUGCUCUGCUCUGUGCAGCAGACAAGCGCCAGAGCCAACAACAUGGAUUGUCUGCUCUGCUCUGUGCAGCAGACAAGCGCCAGAGCCAACAACAUGGAUUGUCUGCUCUGCUCUGUGCAGCAGACAAGCGCCAGAGCCAACAACAUGGAUUGUCUGCUCUGCUCUGUGCAGCAGACAAGCGCCAGAGCCAACAACAUGGAUUGUCUGCUCUGCUCUGUGCAGCAGACAAGCGCCAGAGCCAACAACAUGGAUUGUCUGCUCUGCUCUGUGCAGCAGACAAGCGCCAGAGCCAACAACAUGGAUUGUCUGCUCUGCUCUGUGCAGCAGACAAGCGCCAGAGCCAACAACAUGGAUUGUCUGCUCUGCUCUGUGCAGCAGACAAGCGCCAGAGCCAACAACAUGGAUUGUCUGCUCUGCUCUGUGCAGCAGACAAGCGCCAGAGCCAACAACAUGGAUUGUCUGCUCUGCUCUGUGCAGCAGACAAGCGCCAGAGCCAACAACAUGGAUUGUCUGCUCUGCUCUGUGCAGCAGACAAGCGCCAGAGCCAACAACAUGGAUUGUCUGCUCUGCUCUGUGCAGCAGACAAGCGCCAGAGCCAACAACAUGGAUUGUCUGCUCUGCUCUGUGCAGCAGACAAGCGCCAGAGCCAACAACAUGGAUUGUCUGCUCUGCUCUGUGCAGCAGACAAGCGCCAGAGCCAACAACAUGGAUUGUCUGCUCUGCUCUGUGCAGCAGACAAGCGCCAGAGCCAACAACAUGGAUUGUCUGCUCUGCUCUGUGCAGCAGACAAGCGCCAGAGCCAACAACAUGGAUUGUCUGCUCUGCUCUGUGCAGCAGACAAGCGCCAGAGCCAACAACAUGGAUUGUCUGCUCUGCUCUGUGCAGCAGACAAGCGCCAGAGCCAACAACAUGGAUUGUCUGCUCUGCUCUGUGCAGCAGACAAGCGCCAGAGCCAACAACAUGGAUUGUCUGCUCUGCUCUGUGCAGCAGACAAGCGCCAGAGCCAACAACAUGGAUUGUCUGCUCUGCUCUGUGCAGCAGACAAGCGCCAGAGCCAACAACAUGGAUUGUCUGCUCUGCUCUGUGCAGCAGACAAGCGCCAGAGCCAACAACAUGGAUUGUCUGCUCUGCUCUGUGCAGCAGACAAGCGCCAGAGCCAACAACAUGGAUUGUCUGCUCUGCUCUGUGCAGCAGACAAGCGCCAGAGCCAACAACAUGGAUUAGCCAACAACAUGGAUUGUCUGCUCUGCUCUGUGCAGCAGACAAGCGCCAGAGCCAACAACAUGGAUUGUCUGCUCUGCUCUGUAGCAGCAGACAAGCGCCAGAGCCAACAACAUGGAUUGUCUGCUCUGCUCUGUGCAGCAGACAAGCGCCAGAGCCAACAACAUGGAUUGUCUGCUCUGCUCUGUGCAGCAGACAAGCGCCAGAGCCAACAACAUGGAUUGUCUGCUCUGCUCUGUGCAGCAGACAAGCGCCAGAGCCAACAACAUGGAUUGUCUGCUCUGCUCUGUGCAGCAGACAAGCGCCAGAGCCAACAACAUGGAUUGUCUGCUCUGCUCUGUGCAGCAGACAAGCGCCAGAGCCAACAACAUGGAUUGUCUGCUCUGCUCUGUGCAGCAGACAAGCGCCAGAGCCAACAACAUGGAUUGUCUGCUCUGCUCUGUGCAGCAGACAAGCGCCAGAGCCAACAACAUGGAUUGUCUGCUCUGCUCUGUGCAGCAGACAAGCGCCAGAGCCAACAACAUGGAUUGUCUGCUCUGCUCUGUGCAGCAGACAAGCGCCAGAGCCAACAACAUGGAUUGUCUGCUCUGCUCUGUACAGCAGACAAGCGCCAGAGCCAACAACAUGGAUUGUCUGCUCUGCUCUGUGCAGCAGACAAGCGCCAGAGCCAACAACAUGGAUUGUCUGCUCUGCUCUGUGCAGCAGACAAGCGCCAGAGCCAACAACAUGGAUUGUCUGCUCUGCUCUGUGCAGCAGACAAGCGCCAGAGCCAACAACAUGGAUUGUCUGCUCUGCUCUGUGCAGCAGACAAGCGCCAGAGCCAACAACAUGGAUUGUCUGCUCUGCUCUGUGCAGCAGACAAGCGCCAGAGCCAACAACAUGGAUUGUCUGCUCUGCUCUGUGCAGCAGACAAGCGCCAGAGCCAACAACAUGGAUUGUCUGCUCUGCUCUGUGCAGCAGACAAGCGCCAGAGCCAACAACAUGGAUUGUCUGCUCUGCUCUGUGCAGCAGACAAGCGCCAGAGCCAACAACAUGGAUUGUCUGCUCUGCUCUGUGCAGCAGACAAGCGCCAGAGCCAACAACAUGGAUUGUCUGCUCUGCUCUGUGCAGCAGACAAGCGCCAGAGCCAACAACAUGGAUUGUCUGCUCUGCUCUGUGCAGCAGACAAGCGCCAGAGCCAACAACAUGGAUUGUCUGCUCUGCUCUGUGCAGCAGACAAGCGCCAGAGCCAACAACAUGGAUUGUCUGCUCUGCUCUGUGCAGCAGACAAGCGCCAGAGCCAACAACAUGGAUUGUCUGCUCUGCUCUGUGCAGCAGACAAGCGCCAGAGCCAACAACAUGGAUUGUCUGCUCUGCUCUGUGCAGCAGACAAGCGCCAGAGCCAACAACAUGGAUUGUCUGCUCUGCUCUGUGCAGCAGACAAGCGCCAGAGCCAACAACAUGGAUUGUCUGCUCUGCUCUGUGCAGCAGACAAGCGCCAGAGCCAACAACAUGGAUUGUCUGCUCUGCUCUGUGCAGCAGACAAGCGCCAGAGCCAACAACAUGGAUUGUCUGCUCUGCUCUGUGCAGCAGACAAGCGCCAGAGCCAACAACAUGGAUUGUCUGCUCUGCUCUGUGCAGCAGACAAGCGCCAGAGCCAACAACAUGGAUUGUCUGCUCUGCUCUGUGCAGCAGACAAGCGCCAGAGCCAACAACAUGGAUUGUCUGCUCUGCUCUGUACAGCAGACAAGCGCCAGAGCCAACAACAUGGAUUGUCUGCUCUGCUCUGUGCAGCAGACAAGCGCCAGAGCCAACAACAUGGAUUGUCUGCUCUGCUCUGUGCAGCAGACAAGCGCCAGAGCCAACAACAUGGAUUGUCUGCUCUGCUCUGUGCAGCAGACAAGCGCCAGAGCCAACAACAUGGAUUGUCUGCUCUGCUCUGUGCAGCAGACAAGCGCCAGAGCCAACAACAUGGAUUGUCUGCUCUGCUCUGUGCAGCAGACAAGCGCCAGAGCCAACAACAUGGAUUGUCUGCUCUGCUCUGUACAGCAGACAAGCGCCAGAGCCAACAACAUGGAUUGUCUGCUCUGCUCUGUGCAGCAGACAAGCGCCAGAGCCAACAACAUGGAUUGUCUGCUCUGCUCUGUGCAGCAGACAAGCGCCAGAGCCAACAACAUGGAUUGUCUGCUCUGCUCUGUGCAGCAGACAAGCGCCAGAGCCAACAACAUGGAUUGUCUGCUCUGCUCUGUGCAGCAGACAAGCGCCAGAGCCAACAACAUGGAUUGUCUGCUCUGCUCUGUACAGCAGACAAGCGCCAGAGCCAACAACAUGGAUUGUCUGCUCUGCUCUGUGCAGCAGACAAGCGCCAGAGCCAACAACAUGGAUUGUCUGCUCUGCUCUGUGCAGCAGACAAGCGCCAGAGCCAACAACAUGGAUUGUCUGCUCUGCUCUGUGCAGCAGACAAGCGCCAGAGCCAACAACAUGGAUUGUCUGCUCUGCUCUGUGCAGCAGACAAGCGCCAGAGCCAACAACAUGGAUUGUCUGCUCUGCUCUGUACAGCAGACAAGCGCCAGAGCCAACAACAUGGAUUGUCUGCUCUGCUCUGUGCAGCAGACAAGCGCCAGAGCCAACAACAUGGAUUGUCUGCUCUGCUCUGUGCAGCAGACAAGCGCCAGAGCCAACAACAUGGAUUGUCUGCUCUGCUCUGUGCAGCAGACAAGCGCCAGAGCCAACAACAUGGAUUGUCUGCUCUGCUCUGUGCAGCAGACAAGCGCCAGAGCCAACAACAUGGAUUGUCUGCUCUGCUCUGUGCAGCAGACAAGCGCCAGAGCCAACAACAUGGAUUGUCUGCUCUGCUCUGUGCAGCAGACAAGCGCCAGAGCCAACAACAUGGAUUGUCUGCUCUGCUCUGUGCAGCAGACAAGCGCCAAGAGCCAACAACAUGGAUUAGCCAACAACAUGGAUUGUCUGCUCUGCUCUGUGCAGCAGACAAGCGCCAGAGCCAACAACAUGGAUUGUCUGCUCUGCUCUGUGCAGCAGACAAGCGCCAGAGCCAACAACAUGGAUUGUCUGCUCUGCUCUGUGCAGCAGACAAGCGCCAGAGCCAACAACAUGGAUUGUCUGCUCUGCUCUGUGCAGCAGACAAGCGCCAGAGCCAACAACAUGGAUUGUCUGCUCUGCUCUGUACAGCAGACAAGCGCCAGAGCCAACAACAUGGAUUGUCUGCUCUGCUCUGUGCAGCAGACAAGCGCCAGAGCCAACAACAUGGAUUGUCUGCUCUGCUCUGUACAGCAGACAAGCGCCAGAGCCAACAACAUGGAUUGUCUGCUCUGCUCUGUGCAGCAGACAAGCGCCAGAGCCAACAACAUGGAUUGUCUGCUCUGCUCUGUGCAGCAGACAAGCGCCAGAGCCAACAACAUGGAUUGUCUGCUCUGCUCUGUGCAGCAGACAAGCGCCAGAGCCAACAACAUGGAUUGUCUGCUCUGCUCUGUACAGCAGACAAGCGCCAGAGCCAACAACAUGGAUUGUCUGCUCUGCUCUGUGCAGCAGACAAGCGCCAGAGCCAACAACAUGGAUUGUCUGCUCUGCUCUGUGCAGCAGACAAGCGCCAGAGCCAACAACAUGGAUUGUCUGCUCUGCUCUGUGCAGCAGACAAGCGCCAGAGCCAACAACAUGGAUUGUCUGCUCUGCUCUGUGCAGCAGACAAGCGCCAGAGCCAACAACAUGGAUUGUCUGCUCUGCUCUGUGCAGCAGACAAGCGCCAGAGCCAACAACAUGGAUUGUCUGCUCUGCUCUGUGCAGCAGACAAGCGCCAGAGCCAACAACAUGGAUUGUCUGCUCUGCUCUGUGCAGCAGACAAGCGCCAGAGCCAACAACAUGGAUUGUCUGCUCUGCUCUGUGCAGCAGACAAGCGCCAGAGCCAACAACAUGGAUUGUCUGCUCUGCUCUGUGCAGCAGACAAGCGCCAGAGCCAACAACAUGGAUUGUCUGCUCUGCUCUGUGCAGCAGACAAGCGCCAGAGCCAACAACAUGGAUUGUCUGCUCUGCUCUGUGCAGCAGACAAGCGCCAGAGCCAACAACAUGGAUUGUCUGCUCUGCUCUGUGCAGCAGACAAGCGCCAGAGCCAACAACAUGGAUUGUCUGCUCUGCUCUGUACAGCAGACAAGCGCCAGAGCCAACAACAUGGAUUGUCUGCUCUGCUCUGUGCAGCAGACAAGCGCCAGAGCCAACAACAUGGAUUGUCUGCUCUGCUCUGUGCAGCAGACAAGCGCCAGAGCCAACAACAUGGAUUGUCUGCUCUGCUCUGUACAGCAGACAAGCGCCAGAGCCAACAACAUGGAUUGUCUGCUCUGCUCUGUGCAGCAGACAAGCGCCAGAGCCAACAACAUGGAUUGUCUGCUCUGCUCUGUGCAGCAGACAAGCGCCAGAGCCAACAACAUGGAUUGUCUGCUCUGCUCUGUGCAGCAGACAAGCGCCAGAGCCAACAACAUGGAUUGUCUGCUCUGCUCUGUGCAGCAGACAAGCGCCAGAGCCAACAACAUGGAUUGUCUGCUCUGCUCUGUGCAGCAGACAAGCGCCAGAGCCAACAACAUGGAUUGUCUGCUCUGCUCUGUGCAGCAGACAAGCGCCAGAGCCAACAACAUGGAUUGUCUGCUCUGCUCUGUACAGCAGACAAGCGCCAGAGCCAACAACAUGGAUUAGCCAACAACAUGGAUUGUCUGCUCUGCUCUGUGCAGCAGACAAGCGCCAGAGCCAACAACAUGGAUUGUCUGCUCUGCUCUGUGCAGCAGACAAGCGCCAGAGCCAACAACAUGGAUUGUCUGCUCUGCUCUGUAGCAGCAGACAAGCGCCAGAGCCAACAACAUGGAUUGUCUGCUCUGCUCUGUACAGCAGACAAGCGCCAGAGCCAACAACAUGGAUUGUCUGCUCUGCUCUGUGCAGCAGACAAGCGCCAGAGCCAACAACAUGGAUUGUCUGCUCUGCUCUGUGCAGCAGACAAGCGCCAGAGCCAACAACAUGGAUUGUCUGCUCUGCUCUGUGCAGCAGACAAGCGCCAGAGCCAACAACAUGGAUUGUCUGCUCUGCUCUGUGCAGCAGACAAGCGCCAGAGCCAACAACAUGGAUUGUCUGCUCUGCUCUGUGCAGCAGACAAGCGCCAGAGCCAACAACAUGGAUUGUCUGCUCUGCUCUGUGCAGCAGACAAGCGCCAGAGCCAACAACAUGGAUUGUCUGCUCUGCUCUGUGCAGCAGACAAGCGCCAGAGCCAACAACAUGGAUUGUCUGCUCUGCUCUGUGCAGCAGACAAGCGCCAGAGCCAACAACAUGGAUUGUCUGCUCUGCUCUGUACAGCAGACAAGCGCCAGAGCCAACAACAUGGAUUGUCUGCUCUGCUCUGUGCAGCAGACAAGCGCCAGAGCCAACAACAUGGAUUGUCUGCUCUGCUCUGUGCAGCAGACAAGCGCCAGAGCCAACAACAUGGAUUGUCUGCUCUGCUCUGUGCAGCAGACAAGCGCCAGAGCCAACAACAUGGAUUGUCUGCUCUGCUCUGUGCAGCAGACAAGCGCCAGAGCCAACAACAUGGAUUGUCUGCUCUGCUCUGUACAGCAGACAAGCGCCAGAGCCAACAACAUGGAUUGUCUGCUCUGCUCUGUGCAGCAGACAAGCGCCAGAGCCAACAACAUGGAUUGUCUGCUCUGCUCUGUGCAGCAGACAAGCGCCAGAGCCAACAACAUGGAUUGUCUGCUCUGCUCUGUGCAGCAGACAAGCGCCAGAGCCAACAACAUGGAUUGUCUGCUCUGCUCUGUGCAGCAGACAAGCGCCAGAGCCAACAACAUGGAUUGUCUGCUCUGCUCUGUGCAGCAGACAAGCGCCAGAGCCAACAACAUGGAUUAGCCAACAACAUGGAUUGUCUGCUCUGCUCUGUGCAGCAGACAAGCGCCAGAGCCAACAACAUGGAUUGUCUGCUCUGCUCUGUAGCAGCAGACAAGCGCCAGAGCCAACAACAUGGAUUGUCUGCUCUGCUCUGUGCAGCAGACAAGCGCCAGAGCCAACAACAUGGAUUGUCUGCUCUGCUCUGUACAGCAGACAAGCGCCAGAGCCAACAACAUGGAUUGUCUGCUCUGCUCUGUGCAGCAGACAAGCGCCAGAGCCAACAACAUGGAUUGUCUGCUCUGCUCUGUGCAGCAGACAAGCGCCAGAGCCAACAACAUGGAUUGUCUGCUCUGCUCUGUGCAGCAGACAAGCGCCAGAGCCAACAACAUGGAUUGUCUGCUCUGCUCUGUGCAGCAGACAAGCGCCAGAGCCAACAACAUGGAUUGUCUGCUCUGCUCUGUGCAGCAGACAAGCGCCAGAGCCAACAACAUGGAUUGUCUGCUCUGCUCUGUGCAGCAGACAAGCGCCAGAGCCAACAACAUGGAUUGUCUGCUCUGCUCUGUGCAGCAGACAAGCGCCAGAGCCAACAACAUGGAUUGUCUGCUCUGCUCUGUGCAGCAGACAAGCGCCAGAGCCAACAACAUGGAUUGUCUGCUCUGCUCUGUGCAGCAGACAAGCGCCAGAGCCAACAACAUGGAUUGUCUGCUCUGCUCUGUGCAGCAGACAAGCGCCAGAGCCAACAACAUGGAUUGUCUGCUCUGCUCUGUGCAGCAGACAAGCGCCAGAGCCAACAACAUGGAUUGUCUGCUCUGCUCUGUGCAGCAGACAAGCGCCAGAGCCAACAACAUGGAUUGUCUGCUCUGCUCUGUGCAGCAGACAAGCGCCAGAGCCAACAACAUGGAUUGUCUGCUCUGCUCUGUGCAGCAGACAAGCGCCAGAGCCAACAACAUGGAUUGUCUGCUCUGCUCUGUGCAGCAGACAAGCGCCAGAGCCAACAACAUGGAUUGUCUGCUCUGCUCUGUGCAGCAGACAAGCGCCAGAGCCAACAACAUGGAUUGUCUGCUCUGCUCUGUGCAGCAGACAAGCGCCAGAGCCAACAACAUGGAUUGUCUGCUCUGCUCUGUGCAGCAGACAAGCGCCAGAGCCAACAACAUGGAUUGUCUGCUCUGCUCUGUGCAGCAGACAAGCGCCAGAGCCAACAACAUGGAUUGUCUGCUCUGCUCUGUGCAGCAGACAAGCGCCAGAGCCAACAACAUGGAUUGUCUGCUCUGCUCUGUACAGCAGACAAGCGCCAGAGCCAACAACAUGGAUUGUCUGCUCUGCUCUGUCAGCAGACAAGCGCCAGAGCCAAUGAUUCAGACAAGCGCCAGAGCCAACAACAUGGAUUGUCUGCUCUGCUCUGUGCAGCAGACAAGCGCCAGAGCCAACAACAUGGAUUGUCUGCUCUGCUCUGUACAGCAGACAAGCGCCAGAGCCAACAACAUGGAUUGUCUGCUCUGCUCUGUACAGCAGACAAGCGCCAGAGCCAACAACAUGGAUUGUCUGCUCUGCUCUGUGCAGCAGACAAGCGCCAGAGCCAACAACAUGGAUUGUCUGCUCUGCUCUGUGCAGCAGACAAGCGCCAGAGCCAACAACAUGGAUUGUCUGCUCUGCUCUGUGCAGCAGACAAGCGCCAGAGCCAACAACAUGGAUUGUCUGCUCUGCUCUGUGCAGCAGACAAGCGCCAGAGCCAACAACAUGGAUUGUCUGCUCUGCUCUGUACAGCAGACAAGCGCCAGAGCCAACAACAUGGAUUGUCUGCUCUGCUCUGUGCAGCAGACAAGCGCCAGAGCCAACAACAUGGAUUGUCUGCUCUGCUCUGUGCAGCAGACAAGCGCCAGAGCCAACAACAUGGAUUGUCUGCUCUGCUCUGUGCAGCAGACAAGCGCCAGAGCCAACAACAUGGAUUGUCUGCUCUGCUCUGUGCAGCAGACAAGCGCCAGAGCCAACAACAUGGAUUGUCUGCUCUGCUCUGUGCAGCAGACAAGCGCCAGAGCCAACAACAUGGAUUGUCUGCUCUGCUCUGUGCAGCAGACAAGCGCCAGAGCCAACAACAUGGAUUGUCUGCUCUGCUCUGUGCAGCAGACAAGCGCCAGAGCCAACAACAUGGAUUGUCUGCUCUGCUCUGUGCAGCAGACAAGCGCCAGAGCCAACAACAUGGAUUGUCUGCUCUGCUCUGUGCAGCAGACAAGCGCCAGAGCCAACAACAUGGAUUGUCUGCUCUGCUCUGUGCAGCAGACAAGCGCCAGAGCCAACAACAUGGAUUGUCUGCUCUGCUCUGUGCAGCAGACAAGCGCCAGAGCCAACAACAUGGAUUGUCUGCUCUGCUCUGUACAGCAGACAAGCGCCAGAGCCAACAACAUGGAUUGUCUGCUCUGCUCUGUGCAGCAGACAAGCGCCAGAGCCAACAACAUGGAUUGUCUGCUCUGCUCUGUGCAGCAGACAAGCGCCAGAGCCAACAACAUGGAUUGUCUGCUCUGCUCUGUGCAGCAGACAAGCGCCAGAGCCAACAACAUGGAUUAGCCAACAACAUGGAUUGUCUGCUCUGCUCUGUGCAGCAGACAAGCGCCAGAGCCAACAACAUGGAUUGUCUGCUCUGCUCUGUGCAGCAGACAAGCGCCAGAGCCAACAACAUGGAUUGUCUGCUCUGCUCUGUGCAGCAGACAAGCGCCAGAGCCAACAACAUGGAUUGUCUGCUCUGCUCUGUACAGCAGACAAGCGCCAGAGCCAACAACAUGGAUUGUCUGCUCUGCUCUGUACAGCAGACAAGCGCCAGAGCCAACAACAUGGAUUGUCUGCUCUGCUCUGUACAGCAGACAAGCGCCAGAGCCAACAACAUGGAUUGUCUGCUCUGCUCUGUACAGCAGACAAGCGCCAGAGCCAACAACAUGGAUUGUCUGCUCUGCUCUGUGCAGCAGACAAGCGCCAGAGCCAACAACAUGGAUUGUCUGCUCUGCUCUGUGCAGCAGACAAGCGCCAGAGCCAACAACAUGGAUUGUCUGCUCUGCUCUGUGCAGCAGACAAGCGCCAGAGCCAACAACAUGGAUUGUCUGCUCUGCUCUGUGCAGCAGACAAGCGCCAGAGCCAACAACAUGGAUUGUCUGCUCUGCUCUGUGCAGCAGACAAGCGCCAGAGCCAACAACAUGGAUUGUCUGCUCUGCUCUGUGCAGCAGACAAGCGCCAGAGCCAACAACAUGGAUUGUCUGCUCUGCUCUGUACAGCAGACAAGCGCCAGAGCCAACAACAUGGAUUGUCUGCUCUGCUCUGUGCAGCAGACAAGCGCCAGAGCCAACAACAUGGAUUGUCUGCUCUGCUCUGUGCAGCAUGACAAGCGCCAGAGCCAACAACAUGGAUUGUCUGCUCUGCUCUGUGCAGCAGACAAGCGCCAGAGCCAACAACAUGGAUUGUCUGCUCUGCUCUGUACAGCAGACAAGCGCCAGAGCCAACAACAUGGAUUGUCUGCUCUGCUCUGUGCAGCAGACAAGCGCCAGAGCCAACAACAUGGAUUGUCUGCUCUGCUCUGUGCAGCAGACAAGCGCCAGAGCCAACAACAUGGAUUGUCUGCUCUGCUCUGUGCAGCAGACAAGCGCCAGAGCCAACAACAUGGAUUGUCUGCUCUGCUCUGUGCAGCAGACAAGCGCCAGAGCCAACAACAUGGAUUGUCUGCUCUGCUCUGUGCAGCAGACAAGCGCCAGAGCCAACAACAUGGAUUGUCUGCUCUGCUCUGUGCAGCAGACAAGCGCCAGAGCCAACAACAUGGAUUGUCUGCUCUGCUCUGUGCAGCAGACAAGCGCCAGAGCCAACAACAUGGAUUGUCUGCUCUGCUCUGUGCAGCAGACAAGCGCCAGAGCCAACAACAUGGAUUGUCUGCUCUGCUCUGUGCAGCAGACAAGCGCCAGAGCCAACAACAUGGAUUGUCUGCUCUGCUCUGUGCAGCAGACAAGCGCCAGAGCCAACAACAUGGAUUGUCUGCUCUGCUCUGUGCAGCAGACAAGCGCCAGAGCCAACAACAUGGAUUGUCUGCUCUGCUCUGUGCAGCAGACAAGCGCCAGAGCCAACAACAUGGAUUGUCUGCUCUGCUCUGUGCAGCAGACAAGCGCCAGAGCCAACAACAUGGAUUGUCUGCUCUGCUCUGUGCAGCAGACAAGCGCCAGAGCCAACAACAUGGAUUGUCUGCUCUGCUCUGUGCAGCAGACAAGCGCCAGAGCCAACAACAUGGAUUGUCUGCUCUGCUCUGUGCAGCAGACAAGCGCCAGAGCCAACAACAUGGAUUGUCUGCUCUGCUCUGUACAGCAGACAAGCGCCAGAGCCAACAACAUGGAUUGUCUGCUCUGCUCUGUACAGCAGACAAGCGCCAGAGCCAACAACAUGGAUUGUCUGCUCUGCUCUGUGCAGCAGACAAGCGCCAGAGCCAACAACAUGGAUUGUCUGCUCUGCUCUGUGCAGCAGACAAGCGCCAGAGCCAACAACAUGGAUUGUCUGCUCUGCUCUGUGCAGCAGACAAGCGCCAGAGCCAACAACAUGGAUUGUCUGCUCUGCUCUGUACAGCAGACAAGCGCCAGAGCCAACAACAUGGAUUGUCUGCUCUGCUCUGUACAGCAGACAAGCGCCAGAGCCAACAACAUGGAUUGUCUGCUCUGCUCUGUGCAGCAGACAAGCGCCAAAGCCAACAACAUGGAUUGUCUGCUCUGCUCUGUGCAGCAGACAAGCGCCAGAGCCAACAACAUGGAUUGUCUGCUCUGCUCUGUGCAGCAGACAAGCGCCAGAGCCAACAACAUGGAUUGUCUGCUCUGCUCUGUACAGCAGACAAGCGCCAGAGCCAACAACAUGGAUUGUCUGCUCUGCUCUGUGCAGCAGACAAGCGCCAGAGCCAACAACAUGGAUUGUCUGCUCUGCUCUGUGCAGCAGACAAGCGCCAGAGCCAACAACAUGGAUUAGCCAACAACAUGGAUUGUCUGCUCUGCUCUGUGCAGCAGACAAGCGCCAGAGCCAACAACAUGGAUUGUCUGCUCUGCUUCUGUGCAGCAGACAAGCGCCAGAGCCAACAACAUGGAUUGUCUGCUCUGCUCUGUGCAGCAGACAAGCGCCAGAGCCAACAACAUGGAUUGUCUGCUCUGCUCUGUGCAGCAGACAAGCGCCAGAGCCAACAACAUGGAUUGUCUGCUCUGCUCUGUGCAGCAGACAAGCGCCAGAGCCAACAACAUGAUUGUCUGCUCUGCUCUGUGCAGCAGACAAGCGCCAGAGCCAACAACAUGGAUUGUCUGCUUCUGCUCUGUGCAGCAGACAAGCGCCAGAGCCAACAACAUGGAUUGUCUGCUCUGCUCUGUACAGCAGACAAGCGCCAGAGCCAACAACAUGGAUUGUCUGCUCUGCUCUGUGCAGCAGACAAGCGCCAGAGCCAACAACAUGGAUUGUCUGCUCUGCUCUGUGCAGCAGACAAGCGCCAGAGCCAACAACAUGGAUUGUCUGCUCUGCUCUGUGCAGCAGACAAGCGCCAGAGCCAACAACAUGGAUUGUCUGCUCUGCUCUGUGCAGCAGACAAGCGCCAGAGCCAACAACAUGGAUUGUCUGCUCUGCUCUGUGCAGCAGACAAGCGCCAGAGCCAACAACAUGGAUUGUCUGCUCUGCUCUGUGCAGCAGACAAGCGCCAGAGCCAACAACAUGGAUUGUCUGCUCUGCUCUGUGCAGCAGACAAGCGCCAGAGCCAACAACAUGGAUUGUCUGCUCUGCUCUGUGCAGCAGACAAGCGCCAGAGCCAACAACAUGGAUUAGCCAACAACAUGGAUUGUCUGCUCUGCUCUGUGCAGCAGACAAGCGCCAGAGCCAACAACAUGGAUUGUCUGCUCUGCUCUGUGCAGCAGACAAGCGCCAGAGCCAACAACAUGGAUUGUCUGCUCUGCUCUGUGCAGCAGACAAGCGCCAGAGCCAACAACAUGGAUUGUCUGCUCUGCUCUGUGCAGCAGACAAGCGCCAGAGCCAACAACAUGGAUUGUCUGCUCUGCUCUGUGCAGCAGACAAGCGCCAGAGCCAACAACAUGGAUUGUCUGCUCUGCUCUGUGCAGCAGACAAGCGCCAGAGCCAACAACAUGGAUUGUCUGCUCUGCUCUGUGCAGCAGACAAGCGCCAGAGCCAACAACAUGGAUUGUCUGCUCUGCUCUGUGCAGCAGACAAGCGCCAGAGCCAACAACAUGGAUUGUCUGCUCUGCUCUGUACAGCAGACAAGCGCCAGAGCCAACAACAUGGAUUGUCUGCUCUGCUCUGUGCAGCAGACAAGCGCCAGAGCCAACAACAUGGAUUGUCUGCUCUGCUCUGUGCAGCAGACAAGCGCCAGAGCCAACAACAUGGAUUGUCUGCUCUGCUCUGUACAGCAGACAAGCGCCAGAGCCAACAACAUGGAUUGUCUGCUCUGCUCUGUAGCAGCAGACAAGCGCCAGAGCCAACAACAUGGAUUGUCUGCUCUGCUCUGUGCAGCAGACAAGCGCCAGAGCCAACAACAUGGAUUGUCUGCUCUGCUCUGUACAGCAGACAAGCGCCAGAGCCAACAACAUGGAUUGUCUGCUCUGCUCUGUAUAGCAGACAAGCGCCAGAGCCAACAACAUGGAUUGUCUGCUCUGCUCUGUACAGCAGACAAGCGCCAGAGCCAACAACAUGGAUUGUCUGCUCUGCUCUGUACAGCAGACAAGCGCCAGAGCCAACAACAUGGAUUGUCUGCUCUGCUCUGUAUAGCAGACAAGCGCCAGAGCCAACAACAUGGAUUGUCUGCUCUGCUCUGUGCAGCUGACAAGCGCCAGAGCCAACAACAUGGAUUGUCUGCUCUGCUCUGUGCAGCAGACAAGCGCCAGAGCCAACAACAUGGAUUGUCUGCUCUGCUCUGUACAGCAGACAAGCGCCAGAGCCAACAACAUGGAUUGUCUGCUCUGCUCUGUACAGCAGACAAGCGCCAGAGCCAACAACAUGGAUUGUCUGCUCUGCUCUGA